UGCGCGGUGCUGGUGGCUGCCAUUUUGUUUUCCUGAAGGGUAAACGGACGCGAGGUGGAGAUGGUGCCUUUAGCCCAGAGUCUGCUUUCCCUGUCCGGUCGGAGCAUUCGUCAAAUUGUAACAAGACAAGCUCAUCACAAAACUGGUCCUGACUUUCAUGACAAGUAUGGAAAUGCUGUCCUUGUGGGAGGAUUAGCAUUCUGUGUUGCAGUCUGGGGUUAUGUUGCAACGCAGACUGGGCUCACAUGGAACGUGUCUCCCAUUGGCAAGAUCACCCCUCAAAAUUGGAGGGAAGACUAGAGGAAUGGACCAAGUGUUUGCAAGAAAUUGAGUACAGAUGGGCUGGAUUGCAAAUUUGCGUCUAGCUCAUGGCUUCUACUGUACUGAUUACCUCUGUAUAUUGGGUAUCAUAGUAAAUCAAUAAAUUAUAGAAACUU